UCUUCCUUGCCUGAUUGGAGAGGGGAGUUGGUCCCUUUGUCCUUUUCCGCCUCCUCCUUCCUCUCCUUCCGAAGAAAUGUGAAUGGUGGUUGGGAAUUUUGGAGUAGAUCCUGUUCAGGGAUUUCUUUCCCUAGAGGGAAGAGCCAGGAAGAGCAUCUUGGACCCACUUUGCUUCUUCUACAAAGAGUGGUUUCAACAUGGAGAGACCCAACUCACCUGGAAUUGAAGCAGGACUUGGGAGCAGUGGAGCAUCCUGGGUAAAAACUACUAAUAAGUUCCUGAGUAUGGAUCUUUAUAGUUCACACAUGCAGUUGCAGCGCUUCAGGCAUUCCUCCUUCCGAGAGGGCGAGGGACCCAGAGAGGUUUGCAGCCGCCUCCACGAUCUCUGCCGCCAGUGGCUGAAGCCAGAGCAACACACCAAGGCGGAGAUGCUGGACCUGGUGAUCCUGGAGCAGUUCCUGAGCAUCCUGCCCCCAGAGAUGGGGAGCUGGGUCCGAGAGUGUGGGGCAGAGACCUCUUCCCAGGCGGUGGCCCUGGCGGAAGGCUUCCUCCUGAGUCGGGAAGAGGACGAGGAGCAGGAAGGACAGGCCCAAAAUUACUGUAUUGAAGUCCAGCCUGAUGUCUUUGAAUGGGAGAACUCUCCACCAGACACCACCCAGACCCUCCAGCAGAGGGAGCUCAAGCAGGAAGGAGAUGGGACCACAGCCUUAGAGGGGGCUGGAAUGAUGUUGUUGCUGAAUCCUCAGUCGUUUCUUCCCUUUUGUGAUGGAGUGGAACUGAAUCAGGGCCCAAUCACCUUUGAGGAUGUGGCUGUCCAUUUCUCCCCGGAGGAGUGGGUUCUCCUGAGCCCUGAUCAGAAAGUCUUGCACACGCAAGUAAUGGAGGAGAUUCAUGGGAUGGUGGACUCUCUUGAUAACUGGAAGGAGAGCAAUGUAUACACCAAACACAGUAAGUAUUUUGGCCACAACAGGGGCCUUUCUAGUCACCAGCAAACCCACAGUGAAGACGGAGGUUCUGCCAGAGAAAGGCCCUGCAAAUGCAAUGUUUGUGGGCAGUGUUUUACCCAAAAUAUGGAACUUGUGCUUCACAAGACACUCCAUGCUAGGGAAAGCUAUCUUGAAUGGAAAGAAUCAGCAAACUGUGUUACUGAUUGCAACUUGCCACAGCUGAGCCAACAAGAAAUCUUUAAAGGAACUGAGAAUGUCAUAAGCCGGGAGUGUGGAAAAACUUUUCUCCAGAGUUCACACUUGGUAGAACAUGAAGGAUUCCACACAGGACAAGAAUCAUACAUAUGCCAGGAGUGUGGGGAGUGUUUUGCUUACAGUUCAGCUUUGGUGAGGUACACAAGUCUUCAGACAUCAGAGACGCCACACCAAUGGCAGGUGUGUGAAAAAUGUUUUGCUCAGAGAUCACACACAAGAGACAAUUCAUACAAAUGCCAGGAGUGGAAGAAAUGUUUUGCUGAUAGUUCACCAUUGGUGAGCCAGAAAAUAUUCCACACAGGUGAGAAACCAUACCAAUGCCAAGAGUGUGGGAAAAGUUUUGCUUACAGUUCUAACUUGGUGAGGCACAAAAGACUCCACACAGGGGAGAAGCCAUACCAGUGUCAGGAGUGUGGGAGAUGUUUUGCUCGCAGUUCACUCUUAUUGAGGCACAAACUGCUCCACACAGGAGAGAAGCCUUACCAAUGCCAGGAGUGUGGUAAAUGUUUUACUUACAGUUCAGACUUGGUGAGACACAAAAGACAACACACAGGAGAAAAGCCAUACCAAUGCCAGGAGUGUGGUAAAUGUUUUGCUGAUAGUUCGCCAUUGGUGAAGCACAAAAGAAUCCACACAGGAGAGAAGCCUUACCAAUGCCAGAUAUGUGGGAAAUGUUUUGCUGAUGGUUCACACUUGGUGAAGCACAAAAGACUCCACACAGGAGAGAAGCCAUACCAAUGCCAAGAGUGUGGGAUAUGUUUUGUUUCCGGUUCAGACUUGGUGAGGCACAAAAGGCUCCAUACAGGAGAGAAGCCAUACCAAUGCCAGGAGUGUGGGAAAUGCUUUGCUCGCAGAUCACCAUUGGUGGAGCACAGAAGACUCCACACAGGAGAGAAGCCAUACCAAUGCCAGGAGUGUGAGAAAUGUUUUACUUCCAGUUCAGACUUGGUGAGGCACAAAAGACUCCAUACAGGAGAGAAGCUAUACAACUGCCAGGAGUGUGGGAAAUGUUUUGCUUCCAGUUCACAAUUGGUGAGGCACAAAAGACUCCACACAGGAGAGAAACCAUAUCAAUGCCAGGAGUGUGGGAAAUGUUAUCCUUACAAGACAUCACUUCUGAGACACCAGAGCAUCCACACAGGAGAGAAGCCAUACCAAUGCCAGGAGUGUGGGAAAUGUUUUACUCAGAACUCAUCCCUUGUGAGCCACCAGAGAAUCCAUAGUGGAGAGAAGCAAUACCAAUGCCAGGAGUGUGGGGAAUGUUUUGCUCAGAAUUCACAAUUGUUGUGGCACAAAACACUCCACACAGGAGAGAAGCCUUACCAAUGCCAGGAGUGUGGGAAAUAUUUUGCUGAUAGUUUACGCUUGGUGAGGCACAAAAGACUCCACACAGGAGAGAAGCCAUACCAGUGCCAGGAGUGUGGGAAAUGUUUUGCUGAGAGUUCAGCCUUGGUGAACCACAAAAGAGUCCACACAGGAGAGAAGCCAUACCAAUGCCAGGAGUGUGGGAAAUGUUUUUCUCAGAGUUCAGGCUUGGUGAGCCACAAUAGACUCCACACAGGAGAGAAACCAUACCAAUGCCAGGAGUGUGGGAAAUGUUUUGCUUUCAGUUCAGCCUUGGUGAGCCACAAUAGACUCCACACAGGAGAGAAGCCAUACCAAUGCCAGGAGUGUGGGAAAUGUUUUGCUGAUAGUUCAGGCUUGGUGAGGCACAGAAGACUCCACACAGGGGAGAAGCCGUACCAAUGCCAGGAGUGUGGGAAAUGUUUUGCUAGGAGUCCAGCCUUGGUGAGCCACAAAAGACUCCACACAGGAGAGAAGCCAUACCAAUGCCAGCAGUGCGGGAAAUGUUUUGUUCAGAAUUCACACUUGGUGAGGCACAAAACACUCCACACAGGAGAGAAGCCAUACAAAUGCAAUGAAUGUGGGAAAUACUUUGCUUCCAGUUCAGCCUUGGUAACCCAUAAUAGACUCCACACAGGAGAGAAGCCAUACCAAUGCCAGGAGUGUGGGAAAUGUUUUGCUGACAGUUCAAGCUUGGUGAGGCACAGGAGACUCCACACAGGGGAGAAGCCAUUCCAGUGCCAGGAGUGUGGGAAAUGUUUUGCUAGGAGUUCACACUUGGUGAGGCACAAAACACUCCACACAGGAGAGAAGCCAUACCAGUGCCAGGAGUGUGGGAAAUGUUUUACUCAGAGUUCAUAUCUUGUGAGUCACCAGAGGAUUCAUAAAAGAGCAAAAAUAUCCAAAGAGCUGGGACAAAAGUAAUAAAAUGAAUUGCAAUAGAGAAAUUUCAGGUUUGGACAUUCUGGUCCUGUAGACUAUACAUUCCACAUUUUCCGAUGAACAUGUGUGAUUCCCUUGGCUUCAAGUAGUACUUGGCUUGACUUUGGACGCAUUUCUUAGACAAUUUCCAUUCUUGGUUUCGAACUCUGUUCAGGUAUUUUGCUUUGCUUGACUUGGGACUGUUGUGGAGAACUCUUUGGCUUCUCUGGUCACGGGCAUCACCAUGGGACUGGACUGGCUUUCCUGUUUAUCCUUUGUGGGUAAACAUCCGAUUUCAAUGAUUGACAACUGGGAAAUAGAGGGAGAAAACGUGGAGGCAGUGACAGACUUUGUAUUUCUAGGUGCAAAGAUGACUGCAGAUGCAGAGUGCAGCCAGAAAUCAGGAGAUGCUUACUUCUUGGGAGGAGAGCGAGGACCAAUCUCGAUAAAUGAUAUAUAUCAUUUAUUUUAUUAUAAUCUAUGCAAAUUUGAUCUAUUUUGUCCCUAGAUCUUAUAUUAAGAGAAUAAUAGCUUUCCAUUGAACUUCACAGAAGCCUAGGAUAUAUAUAGCGCUCCAUAGUGUCGAUCUCCAUAGAGGAAGUUUUAGACAGUUUUGACCUAUUGAACUGAUAUUUUAAUGUCCUGCGAAGAACGACUUACAUUCCAGUUUGGGCUGUUUAUAAUGGUUCUGUUUUAUAUUGUGUGCAUUAAUGCUGGUGUAAACCGCCUUGAGUCCGUUGGAGAAAGACCAUACAGAAGCUUCCGAAUUAAAUAAGUUUGUCUGUAGAGUAAGAAAAACAA